AUGACUGAAGCCAAGUUCAACUUACGGUCUUGGGCAUCCAAUAGCCAACCCCUUCUCCAUCGUGCUACCCUUGAUGGAGUGAAUGAUGCCAACUGCGACAGUGUCAAUGUUCUAGGCUUACGGUGGGACACCUCAACCGACACGCUAACACUUGCAUGUAAAGAAUUACUAGCACCUGACGACACUCUUGUCACAAAGCGAGAGAUCUUAAGGGAGUCAUCUAAGAUUUAUGACCCACUAGGCCUCAUCACCCCCAUCUCAAUCCGUGCUAAGAUCCUUAUCCAGGACCUCUGGAAGUUAAACGUAGAUUGGGAUGAACCCCUGAAUGGGGAGAUACGAACUCGCUGGCUCAGCAUUGCGCAAGAAAUCCGACAAUCAACCAAUCUUACUAUUCCUAGAUGCUAUCUCAGCAAUCGGUCAGCCAACGAGACGACCCAGGUGCAUGUGUUCGUGGAUGAUAGCCCGAAAGCCUACGGAGCUGUGGCAUACAUACGGCAGGCCAAUCAGUCUUCCUUUGUGAUGGCGAAGUCACGUGUCGCUCCAGUGAAGGAACUGUCACUCCCCAGACUAGAACUUAUGGCAGCACUGGCUGGUGCAAACCUUGCAGAGUACUUGCUGAACUCUUUACAGAAGAAUUUUCCUGAUCUACAAGCAUUCUUCUGGUCGGACAGCCAGAUCGUGCUUAAUUGGCUUCACAGUAAUAAGCAACUUCAGCAGUUUGUAGGUAAUCGAGUCAGAGAAAUCAAGCGUCUCUCUCAGCCAUCUAGUUGGCGUUACUGCCCCACACGCGAUAAUCCAGCAGACCUACUAACGAGGGGUCUAAUCACAGCAGAGCUCCAAGCAUCAACAGCAUGGCUGCAUGGUCCAUCCUGGAUAACUUCAGAAUGUGACUGGCCAACGUGGGAAUCAAGCACCACCCUUCUUGUUGAGAUCCCAGAGGAAGAACCUAAAGUUACCCCAGAACCUGAUGUGUUAGGAGAGCAAACCAACUCUGAAACAGACGCGAAUUCAGUCGAGAAUCCAAGCAUCAGCACGAUCAUGGAUCCCACUAGACACAGCACACUGAGGAAACUUCAACGUGUAACCGCUCUUGUACUGAGGUUCGUCCAUAACCUCAGAAACCCCACUGACAGCAGAAACGGACCUCUGAUGGUCACUGAGCUGACGAAAGCAGAAAGGACAUGGAUCCACGAUCGCCAACGCCACUCUUAA